AUGCCGCGGAACAUGCGAAGUCCCGCCAAACACCAUCAGAUGGUUCUGCCACCACCACCAGCAAGAAGCGCAAAUCCUCAUCGUCGCGCAGAAAUAGCAGCAGAUCCAACAGCGAGCAAGGACCAAGCCGCGGAGCAAGUGGAGCAUACCGACGGGGGACUUGCUCUUACUGAGUAUCACUACCCAGAGGACAACCAGCAAGACCACGGUCCAGCACCUGUGUCACUUGGCUUGGCCGAAGAACCACUGGUAAGCUUCGUGACGGAUCCACCAACCGAAGAGCAGCCGGCGGCCGCCACAGACGGUUACUGGACUUGGAGUGACAGUCACGGGAAGUGGUAA